UUAACUAGAACCGGAAGUUGUAAGCCAUUGACAUUUUCCUCAGAGCGACAGAUUUGACCAGCUUUUCGUACAGGCUACAAAACAGAGCAAACAUUGCGCAUUUUCAGUCAAAGUGUACUUGUCGUUGAGUUUGCGAGAUGAAACACAACUCGAACGUCCCGGCUUUCCUCACCAAGCUGUGGACGCUGGUCGAGGAUGCAGACACCAAUGAAUUUAUUUGCUGGAGUCAGGAGGGCAACAGUUUCCUAGUGUUGGAUGAGCAGGGCUUUGCCAAGGAGAUCCUCCCCAAGUUCUUCAAGCACAACAACAUGGCCAGUUUCAUCAGGCAGCUCAAUAUGUAUGGAUUCCGUAAAGUGAUGCACAUUGACACAGGCAUUGUGAAACAGGAGAGGGACUGUCCUGUGGAGUUUCAGCACCCCUACUUCAAACAUGGACAGGACGACCUGCUGGAGAAUAUCAAGAGGAAGGUUUCUAAUGCUCGACCAGAGGACAAUAAGAUUCGACAGGAAGACCUGACCAAGAUCUUGGCAAGUGUGCAGAGUGUUCACAGCAAACAGGAGAACAUUGAUGCCAGGCUGGCAACACUCAAGAGGGAGAAUGAAGGUCUGUGGAGGGAGAUCUCAGAUCUGAGACAGAAACAUGCCCACCAACAACAACUCAUCAAAAAGCUGAUACAUUUCAUCGUCACAUUGGUACAGAACAACCACAUCCUGAAUUUAAAACGCAAAAGGCCAAUUCUUAUGAACAGCAAUGGAAAGAAGCCCAAAUACAUUCAUCAGAUCUAUGAUGAGAACGUGUGUGUGGAACAGUCGUCUGUCAACAGUCUGAAUAGCAUGAAGGGCUCUGAGAUGUCAGAUGAAGUUAUAAUCUGUGACAUGACUGAGAAUGACGCCGAGGUGACGGCUGAGAUCACAGAGGGCUCACCCAGAGCCUACGAGCAAGGUGAUGUAGAAAUCAUGGAAGUAGAGCUGGACAGCUGUGUGGUGCUGCCAGCAGAGACGGAGGUGAGCACCACCUGCACAGAUGACAUCAAACAGACAGAGGCUGGUGUGUCGGCAGCGGCAGACAACAGCCAGAGGAGCAGCACUUUAGACAGCAGUGGGCCAACCAGCAGCGCCCUGCAGCUCAAUAAACCCUCAGGCCUGAGUCUGGAGGACCCCGUCAAGAUGAUGGACUCCAUACUGAACGAGAACGGAGCAAUAUCACAGAACAUCAACCUGCUGGGCAAGGUGGAGCUGAUGGACUAUCUGGACAGUAUCGACUGCAGUCUGGAGGACUUUCAGGCCAUGCUUUAUGGAAAACAGUUUGGCGUUGAUUUUGAUGCCCUAGAGGAGAGUGUGUGCUCCAAAGAGAACCCCACGCAGAUAAGCAGAGGCAGCAACGAGGAAGACAACACCGUCCAGACCGACUCCUCCCGUGUCUUGUGUUCAGAUAAGCAGUUGAUCCAGUACACCACCUGUCCCCUGCUGGCCUUCCUCGAUGGCUGCUCUCCUCCUUCAGAGCUGGAUCUGGGCACCGGCCCCUGCAACACCCACCUCCAGCCCUCUUCCAGCCCCGGUGCCUCUGUGGAGGCUGAGCCACCCUCAGAGCUGCUGGACACCACCAGCCUGGAGCUGAAGCCAGCCCGCAGCUCCCUGAUCCGCCUGGAGCCUCUGACGGAGGCGGAGGCCAGCGAGGAGACGCUCUUUUACCUGUGUGAACUGAGUCCUGCUGGACCAGAGGCCGACUCCACCCAGCUGGACAGAGUGUGAGCAGCGAUGGGACUGGUGAUGCCACUCUCACUGGUGUUGGUUCACUACAGACUACAUGCCUCCAUCCUCCAGAUAGUGCUGACUGUUUGUAUUCCCUCACCUCUCUUGCCUGAGGGGGUGUGUGUGUGUGUGUGUGUGUGUGUGCUGAGAAGCAGUAACAGAACUAAAGAAAGCACCAGGCUGGUGGAAGAACAGCUGCGGUUUGUACCACGUACAUAUAUUUAUAUUUUUGCCUUGAACACAACACUUGAGUUACAGAAAAAAGCCACAUUUUCAUCACAUACAGUAAUAAAAGUUGAACAACCUCUGGCAGGUUGAACAUAGAUGCGAUUAGCGUGAAAAGUUCUCCACGUCUUCUCCGCGUCCGAACGCAGUGAAACCAGAACACACACUACACAGACCGUCUCUCUGUAUCGUGGCAGAUAAACCAAUCCACCUGACUGUUGUCUGUACAUCCAUGUUACCUCUGGUUACUUCUUCACAACAUCAUAGUUCCUGUUUACAACACCCAAAGCAUGAUGGGAACUGUAUUUCCAAAACACAAACAUUCUUAUCCCAAAUGGAAAUAAAAAGAAAAACAGCAAAGUGACAAAACCCGUUGAAAAUCGCUUUGUUUUGUAUUCUACAUCGUCAGUACAUUUUUUGGCAUUACUAAGGCUCAAAAUGUCCCAUCAACAAACCUGCGGACAUACAGGCAAAAGGUUUGAUCUGCAUAAACAUGUCUUACGUCAUGUAUAGCACCACCAUAGACAUGCCAAUGAAUGACAUUUCUGAGUAGCCCGACUUAUUCUGAGAAUAAAUAUGACCUGUCCGGCUAAGACAGUGACUCUGCCAUUAGCCUUUAAGGAGUGAAAAGUGAGCAGAAACAGGUGAGCUAAACAGACUUUACUGCCAUGUGUCUGACAGCGAAACCUAUUUCUGUUUGACGAGAAGAGUAUUUUUAUGACUCGAAUGUUUUCUUCAAGGCAAUGGUCUCAAAUCUAAAAACGACACGGGAGGCACAAACUGUGCCUAGUGUACGCACAGGACACCGGGACCUGGAUUUCCACCAGACAGCUUCUCCAUCAGCACAGCUCCACCUCUGUGCUGUUGGCUCUUUGGUCUCAUCUGCUCUUCAGUAUCUGCACCAUCAGCAAAGCAUUGCAUCGCAUCUGGUCUUACAACAUCAGUGAGGAGGCGCCCUCACCUCACCUGUAUGACCGAACCUUUGUAUGUACUUCUGAAAAUCACUUGAUUCUGAUUUGUGUUGAUGUUUUGCUACUUUUCUGUCCACAGAGCGACAUUCCUUCAGAUAGUGUUGUGUUCAGCCGGGGACAGUGAAUCUGAUGAAAGCCACAUUCUAGAGAACUGGGACAAAACGUGAUCUUAACUAAAGACUGUCCAUUAACCUGUUAAACAAGCAUCAGAUUGUCAUUUCACAGCUGAGAACACAAAACCACAUCAGAUCGGAGUCUGUCCACCACUAACGGUCUGCAUUCAUUUAGCAAUAUAAUUUAACUGAAUGGUCAGAGUGACAAAGUUCAUUCUUGACCUUGGUUGAUUUUAAAAAAAAAAAAAAAAAAAAAGGAAGUCCCCACUUUUACAGAGCUUUCAACUACAUGUCACAGUCGAGAGCUCAUGAAAAAAGCUCUGUGGUCACAUGAUGACAACAGAACCCUCUCCAGGACGACUGCGCAAACGUCCCCUGAUGAAGACUAUGAAAUGUAGUUUUGAAAGCUCUGGUAAAAGCUAUUAAGUGAACCUUGGGUUGAAUUUAUUUUGUCAAACAAAAAUAAAUGAGUUUAAAAUGUCAUCUUUGUAUUGAUCCAAAUUAGAAUGCUAAACCUUUUGUUAGAUAUGGAAAAUGUGUGUGAGUGUGAGAGAGACCAUAAGCAUGUCACCACAAAGGGAUGGAGUCAGUGUGUGCACACACCUGCGCCAGAGUCCAGUAGAAAUGUCAUUAAAUCACUUUAGACUUGCUGCAGGGAGGAGGUGGAUUUGAGGCAUCAUUGAGAAAUCAAGAGUCACACUGUUAAAGCAUCACAGGUAUAUACGUAUGUGUGUGUAUGUAUAUAAUGUGAAUCAUGAACCGAAACAGGAAAAACACUAAUAAUACAAUAAAAUGUGUUCAUGUGACGUGACACGUCAUGGCGGUUGUACAGUAGUUAAUGAGCAGUGUCAGCAAUUAGUAAUAUAACUGGACGUGCAUGGCAAUACUGAAAUGAAUAAGUUGAAACGAGGAGUAAAAUGUUCAAACUUGCUGUUACCCAGGACACCUCUAAGAAUGUGUUUAGGUCAAUUUGAAGUCGUGGUCAUCUUUGGUUUUCCAUGUAGUAAAGUUCUCCUACAUUCUGCGUUUGAAUGGCCUUUAUCAACAUACUUAAACAGUGACCAGACCUGCUGUCCCAGUGGAAGAAAAUACAAAAGAAAACCAGCUAAAAACAUCAAUUCAUCAAGUUUUUAAAGGAACACUCCCUCAUUUUGUCACAGUGCCCAGUCGUUCCUUACCAUUCCAUAUCUCCUCCAAGCUUCCUGGACAAUAAGUCAUCACUGUUCACAGUUUGGAAGCAACAGAGGACUGAGAGCAAACUGAGAAGUCACUGUUUAGAGUGUGAGCUGAACCCAGAGCCCUGAUGUCACAGUGGGACAGCUGUUUCCUGAUGUAGAGCUCUUGGUGUUGAGUAGCCGGAGUUUGUUCAUGUGAUAAAGGAAACUCCUCUCCUGUCUCUCACUGAUAGAAAAGUGCCUGCCUCCUUUCUCCAUUUCUUCUGAUACAGCCACACUUUAGAACUCAGAUGCUGUUUAUAGCCUGCUGUGCACGGUCACAGAGGUCACAUGACUCCUCUGUGACCUGCGCAUCCCACAAGCUGUCUGUCUGUUGCAAGCCUUGCAGUUACAAUAAAGCAAAUGCUACAGUGUUCA